UAUCAAUAUGGCGGUCAAAAAUGUAAACAUUUUGAUCUCUUGCUAAAUAACUGUAAAUUCCAAGUUUCAGAAUUGUGGCAACAAGUAGCAUUUGUGAAAAUGGCAGAUGGUGCAACACAGAGUACUUCCUAUUAUUCUCUGCAGCCAAGCCACAUCAGGAUGUCCAUGAGAGACAAGUCACUAUUAAAGCGUAGAGUCAAUAAGGAACACAGCAGUAAUUUCAGGGCUGGUUAUGUUCAUGUAAAUGAAGAACACCUGCACAAGACAGGUCUGAGGGGAAGGAAGAGAUAUGUGUUUUAUGCUUUCUUGAUUCUAUUGCUCUUGAUGGUUCUUGGAAAUUUAGUUGUGACAAUAGUCAUCCUAAGUCUAUUGAGGAUCUCCCACACUGGUAUUGCUGGAAUGGAGUUCAUUUCUCCCAGUUUAGUGCUGAGGUUCCUCACGGAUGCCGACAUGGGAGCAGUAUUUCUGAAUGGAAGUAGCAGAGUAACCAGUUUUCAGGACCUUGCAGUGACUGGAGAAAAUCAGCCUAUCCACAUGAUGGUAGCUGGCAAUGUUUCUUCAGUGAAUGUCCUGCCUCAUGUUACAAGGAUUGUUGUGAAGGAUGCUUUUAAAAUUAUCCACCCACAAACGGGCAAGGUCCUGUUCUCCACAGAUUUCAAAAAAGGAUUCUCACACCCAUUUAAACACAUGGAAACUGCAGAAGUACUCACAAAUAAGAUAAGCUCAGCAAUAGAUCAAGACUUGAACAUCGAGUCAACCACCAACCUUACCUUCAGUGGAGCCCAAUUUUUAACUGCAGAUGGCAAGAGUUUCAAGGCAACAGCUGGGGGUGACAUAGUGCUCAAUCCAAAGAGAGGAAAAAUAACCUUCGAUGGAAAGGAGGGAGUUUACUUGGAUCAAGUGAAUAGUUUUCUAUACCCGAGACGAGGAGACCCUGGACAACUCACCUACAAGCUCUGUGUUUGUGCUCCGAGUGGAAAACUAUUCAGAGUCCCAGUAACACAACCAGGAUAUGGGUGUGCCAAUGCCAAUGAAUUCAAAAAUCCUUGUCGGGAUUGAUGAUACAAAAUAGUUUGAAAAUUUUGCCAAUGAAUUUGUUAAUCUUUGUCAGGAUUAAUGAAUUAAAAUAGUUUGAAAAUUUUGCUGAAAGAAUUUGAGGAAGUACCAAAUACAUGGACGGAGUUGGGUGUGCCAAAGAUCAAUUUAAAAAUCUUAAGACUGAUGAUGUUGAAAAAAAGUGCGCAUUUUGUCAAAUUUAAAGAGACGCCAAGUCCUAAGGUAGCAGAUAGCAAACUGGGAUCCCAGUGAUACGAGGACUCCCUCAGUGUGAGAACAUUGCAAAAUAUUCUUGACCGUUGCUUCUAGCAUUAGCAUUAGGUAAAUUCAACUGAAUGUACCUUACUUUGUGAACAACCUAUUUUUAUACAAGCAUAACUUCGAAAAAGACACAUUGAAUUCGGUAGAUGUCAUUCUAGCUUUUUAAUGCAAAUCUUGUUAUCUCUACGUGACCAACAUAUGCAUAAUGGACAAUCUUGGCAAAGAAAAAUAUUGGUGCUGUAUUACACCUUUAGGAGAACCAAGUGUUCAAGGACUGACACUUGUGUAUUUCACUCAAGAGAUUAGGUUUGUUGACUAAAAUCAAGAGUAUUUUUAAUUCAGUGUAAGUGCUUUUGUAGGAAAAAAACAUUUUUAAAUAUUUAUUAUUUAUCUAUGGGAUUUCUUUUAUUAUUAGAUACUAUGUUUAGUAUCAUAAACAGCUAAUACAAGAUA